AUGAGCGGACCUCUUCAUGUCUCGACGAGUGUCGUAGCUGUGCUGCAGCUCGCGGCCACGGCAACGCAAUAUCUCAAGGACAUCAAGCAUGGGUCAGCCGAUCGAUCUCGGCUCCGAGAUGAGCUUAGGAGUACAGUUUGCCUGCUCGAGAUGCUGCAGGAUCGUUUGGAGGAUUCGAAUGAUAUGCCAGACGGUGAGAAUAUGCUAAUGCCACAGUCUAUCAGCUUACUCGGCGGUACAGACGGUCCAUUGCAUCUCUUUAGACAGGUUCUAGAGGUGAUCAUUGCCGAAUUGGCACCUCAAGAUAAACUGAGGCAGUUAUCGAAGCCUUUUACCUGGCCCUUUGAUAAGAAGAAAGUGGCAGAUUUACUUGUACGCUUGGAAAGAUCGAAGAGUCAUUUCAAUCUGGUCCUGCAGAACAAUAUCGUAGAUUUGGUGAGAUUGGCAAAUCUCAAGCUUGAUAAAAUUGGCGACAAGGUGGAAAGCUUGGAGGCAAAGUCACGAGAUAGUGACUCGCAAAAGAUCAUCCACUGGAUAAGUCCGCUAUCAUUUCGCUCUCGACAUGUCAAUGUUCUGGACAGCGUCCAGCCCGGGACCGGCAUCUGGCUAUUGGAACAUGCCACUUUUCGCGAUUGGGUGAAGAGCAAGACCGGGACUCUCUGGUGUCCUGGGAUACCUGGAGCUGGAAAGACAAGUCUCGCAUCCCUCAUCAUCAAUCAUCUCGAGCAAGAGCCACCCCAGAAGAACAGUUUCUGCUCAUUCAUCUACUGCGAUUAUAACCAGCGCAGCACCCAAACUCAAGUGGCCCUCUUAUCCAGCAUACUUCAGCAGAUACUUCAAAACUAUUCCGGCGAUGUCCUACCGUCAGAAGUGGUAACACUGUACAAUCAACAUCAGAAAUACAAGACUCAUCCGACAUUGGCACAAAUCACUGAAAUACUAGGGAAAUUGGUUUCGGCGUUUGAAACGUUUCAUGUCGUUGUCGACGCCUUGGACGAAUGUGCCGAGUCGGAAGAAGACGCUCUCCGGUUCAUCUCGGCAGUCUCUUCUCUGGAAUCAUCUGUCAAGAUUCUAUGCACUUCCAGGUCUUCAAGCAUAUUUGACGCUUAUUUCAGUACAGCCUCUAGGAUAGAAAUAUCUGCUCAGCAGACAGACAUUACGGCUUAUAUAACCGCUUGCCUACAAGACCAACCCAGGCUCUCAAGACAUGUCGCUAAAGAUGCUAGUCUAAAAGAUGACAUUGUCGGGGCAAUCAUCCAAGAAUCUCAGGGAAUGUUCUUGUUGGCAAAACUACAUGUUGAAUCUUUGUCUCGAAAAAUCAGCCGCAAAGACGUGCGCGCUGCGCUGAAAACUCUACCCAGCACCUUGGAUGCCACAUAUUCAGAUGCUCUUGAGAGAAUCUACAGUCAAGAUUCAGAGUCUGCUGAAUUGGCUGAGCUGAUCCUGUUCUGGGUUGUCUGCGCUAAGAGAAGUCUCACCGUCCAGGACCUGCAACACCUGUAUGCUACACGAGAGUUGUCGGAUGGGGAUUGCCUUGACGAAGAUGACCUCCCAGACGGCGACAUUUUGACGGGAGUAUGCAGUGGCCUCAUUAUUGUGGAUGAUGAAUCGCAACUGGUUCGUCUGGUCCAUUAUACUGCCCAACAAUACUUUGAGAACUGCCACCACACGCGACUGUUGGAAGCAAAAAUGAGCCUCGCAAACAUCAGCCUGACAUACCUGACGCUGUCCAACUUUUCGAGCGGAUGCUGUACAACCGACGAAGCAAUGUCUCUCCGCUUGAAGCAAUUCCCAUUCCUCUUUUACGCCGCCAAGUACUGGGGUUCAGAUCUUGCCCAGCUGGGCUGUGCUGGCAUUGGGCCAAGGAUUGAGAAGUUUUCCUCUGAGGCUGCUGCAGUCGAAGCUGUCAAUCAGGCAUGGAGUUUGAAAACAAGCAAGUUCCGAUACACAAAUUGGAGCCAGGAGUUUCCUAGACACGUACCUGUGCUUGUACUGAUAUCGGCCUUUUGUCUCCCAGAGGUUCUGCAAUACCUGGUAUCAAAAGGGCAUAACAUUAAUGCCAGAGGGAGCGACGGAGAGACUGCUCUGAUUCGAUCAGCCGGUUUCGGACAUGUCGAAAAUGUACAGGUGCUCCUUGGAUUGGGUGCGGAGGUAGACGCUCAGGAUCACAUGGAUGAGACCGCAUUGCAGAGAGCUGCCAGAGUUGGGAACGACACCAUAGCCAAAAUCCUGCUCGAAAAAGGCGCAGACGUUAAUAUGAAGGCGGCGAGUGAUUUGACCGCGCUCAUGUCUGCGGUUUCCAGCGGGAAUCUCGAAGUCGUCAAGACUUUGGUUGAAGCCGGCGCCGACUUCAAAGCCGAAACAGUUUGGGGAGACUCUGCCUUGAGCAUUGCAACCCGAAGUGGUCAAGAAGCCAUUGCUAAUUUCCUGUUCGACCAAGGAGCGAUUCUGCCCAAAGGACCUGCAGGGCGCCGCGCCUCCAUCAUAGCCUCUCGCAAGGGUCUCCAUCAGCUAGUCAGGAAACUCACUGCCAACUACGACGCUGUCGCCGAUAAGCCGCUGGAGCGACAGAGUUCGAGGCUCAUGGAGGGACUUUCUGACAUCCGGGAAGCAGAACAAGUUGCUUCUGAUGCAAAACCCGAGGAAACUAUACCCAAGCAGACGAGAGCUGACUCUCGGGCAGAAUUCCUGGAUGACAUGGAAGACAUUGGAUACAAGAUUGGAUUUCACAAGCGAUACGACUUACUCCAACGGCUCGGCAAAGGCCAUUACGCCGAAGUGUACCUCUGCGCAAACAGAGUAACGGGUGUAAGGUAUGCAGUCAAAGUGCGCAUCUUCGCUUCAGAAGUGUCCGAAAAAAAGAGGUCGACUGAAUUGUUCCGAGAGGCGAGGAUGAUGCAAUUUCUCCAAAGGGACCCUCACCCGAAUAUCCUGCGGUUUGUCGAUCUCUUUGCAGAGCAUUCUUUCGAGAAGACUUACCUGAUCAUGGAACUUGUGCCUCACGGCGAGCUGUUCAACUAUAUUGUUGCCAAUACGCGCUUAUCGGAAGAUGAGUCCCGAAAGGUGUUUCUGCAGUUGUUUUCAGCGCUGGAGUUUUUGCAUGAUCAGGGAUGCAUCCACCGCGAUAUCAAGCCCGAGAAUAUUCUACUAGCAGAUGAGAAAAACCUGGUCAUCAAGAUAUCAGACUUUGGAUUGGCCAAAAUCAUUGGCCCUGGUACUGAUAAAUGGGAUUGGGUAACGACCCUUUGCGGAACACCGAGCUACGUGGCCCCCGAGAUACUAUCGACUGAUUCAAAACGAAAAUACGGGUUCCCAGUAGACAUUUGGUCCAGCGGAGUCGUCUUGUACAUUUGUCUAUGCGGCUUCCCACCUUUUUCUGAUGAGUUGUACUCCAAGGACUUUCCGUAUACACUCAGUCAACAGAUUAAAACGGGCAGAUUUGACUACCCAUCGCCGUAUUGGGAUCCGGUUGGAGAUCCGGCGCUGGAUCUGAUUGAUGGCAUGCUGGUUGUGGAUAUGGAGAAGCGGUUGACCGUCAAGCAAUGCCUCGAGCAUCCUUGGAUGCGCGAAGCGGUUCCCCAGAUACUAGCAGAGCCCAUCAGGUCAGAAAGCCCGGAGCCAAUGGAGGAAGGGGAGGAAAGGCGAAACGGUCCAUUUCAAAAGAGGUCGUUAAUCUCGGAUCUUAAUAAGUAG